AUGCCCGAUGUCAUCGAUCUGAUUUCCUCGGAUCCGCCUAUUCCAGAGAGGCCUCGGCAGCAACAGUCGGAACCGCGACAUGGCCCCGCGCGACGCCCCUCCCACUUGGGACUAAUUUCGUCGGACUCGAUCGACGUCUCCCUGUUCACCUACGAUGAUCUCGAUAAGCCGACGAAGAAGCGUCGAGUCAGUAAUGACAAUCCUUCACCCCUGCGACAGCACAUCACGGCGCGCGAACCCCCCACUCCAAAACCAGAUACGCGGUUCCUUUUCUCAGACGAGGACUUCGGUCUCUCGCCACCAUUGGAGUCUACGACGUCGAAAAAACCAUCGCAGCAGCGGACGGUGGAAGAUUCCGACCCGAUUGUGUUCACUUCAUCGGUGCCGGAACCUAGGUCGAGGCCUUCUCCGUCGCGCGUACCAACCAACCAGAAUUCCGACAUUAUCACAGUCGACGAUGACGAGGAUUUUCUGAAACCGACUGGGCGUCGAAUACCCAGUCAUCUCCGACAGGAGGAGAUUGAGGAAUUCAGUGAUCCCUUUUCUGCUCCUGAUUUGGCUGAUCUAAUGGGACUAUCACAGCCACAGACUGGCAGUUUUGAUUCUGUCUUCUCCAGUAAGACCGCUGGUUUACUAACUCAACUUGGCGAGACAGGGAGCGGCAGUUCAAAAAGGUUAGGAUCGAAAACGACCGCUCGAUCCCAGAAAGGAUACGGCUCUGGCAUGCCCGCUACUACAGACGAGGUGGAUGAGCCUGCUGAGCCGCGGAAGGUAGCGAGGAAGACUAGCAAACUCUCAAGCGUCGAAAAGGAGGCGAAAGCGAAAGCAAGAGAAGAAGCCAAGGUUCAGCGAGAAAGGGAUCGCCAGCUUGAGAAAGAGCGGAAGCAGAAGCUCAAGGAAGAAAAGGCGAAAGAGAAGCAAUUGGCGGCAGAUAUCUCGGAAGUCAACAAGCUCAAGGUGGAUAAGAAGGAAUCUACGCCAGAGAUGAUCAUUGACCUAGCGUCGUCUCUCGAGGGAGGCAGUGUGGGCAACCAAACAGUUGAAUUCAUGCAACGAUUCGGGGUCGAGCAUUCCUUCUUUGAGAGCCCGAUCCCCAACGUGGUUAAAUGGCGACGCAAAAUCAAGGCAAAAUACAACGACAAUGCAGGGCAUUGGGAGCCAUGCCCUUUCCACAUCGAUAAAGAGAAGCAUGUGUUGUGCCUAGUGCCCGCCCAAGACUUCGUUGAUAUGGUACUCGCCUCUUCCGGGGAAGCAGAAAGGGGGUCACUCGAACUGCACGUCCUCCGAAUCAAGAGCACCUACCCCGAUUGCCAACCCAUAUAUUUGAUCGAAGGACUCACAGCUUGGAUGCGCAAGAACCGAAACUCACGGAAUCGAGCCUACCAAGCCGAAGUCCUCCGCCAAUACGAGAAAACCACCGCCGGCGACGGAUCCUCCGCACCCCGCAGCCGCAGCAGGAAGACCAAGAAUAACCCCGAGACCACGCCUCCCGUCGACGACGACACAGUCGAGGACGCUCUUCUCGCCUUGCAGGUGACCCACGCGUGUCUCAUCCACCAUACCAACGCGCCGCCCGAGUCGGCGGAGUGGAUCAAGAACUUCACCGAGCAUGUCUCGACGAUCCCGUACCGCCGUGAACGCAUGGAGGGGAACGACGCUGCGUUCUGUAUGGAUGUCGGCCAGGUUAAGUCUGGCGACGACAAGCUGGACACUUUUGUCAAGAUGCUUCAAGAGGUCAACCGUGUGACUGCCGGUAUGGCCUAUGGGAUUGCCGCGCAGUAUCCCUGUGCCACAGACUUGGCCCGGGGCAUGCGCAUGCAUGGGCCCACGAUGCUGGAGGAUGUGAAGAAAUCCGCCAACAAAACCGGUGGUCUUACGGACUCCCGCAUCGGCCCUGCUGCCAGCAAGCGCUUGCAUAAAGUGUUCACCGGCCUUGAUCCGACCUCCACGGACGUCUAG